AAUAAGAGUCAAGAGACAAAGAUAACACAAUCUUCAGUCUUCUAGAAAUCAAUAAGUAGAGAUAACAUGCUAUUACAGUGUUGUAAUUGUGCUCCGUCAUCUCAAAACACCUUCUUCUUAGUCUUUUCACGUCCCAAAACCCAUCUCUCUUCCAACUUUGGACUUGGUCGUUUCAGAAACCCAAAGAGACCUUCUUCUAAAUUCACUUGUGCUAUUAAACUUGGAUUUGAGGAUAUUGCUGAAAUUGUCCAUAACAAGGUUUUGAUAUCAGCUGGGGUCUCCGCGGCCGUUGGGCAGCUCUCUAAGCCAUUCACUGGCUCGCUUCUUUAUGGCAGGAGUUUAGAUUUAAAAGCUUCCAUUCAAGCUGGUGGCUUCCCUUCCACCCAUUCCUCAUCUGUUGUGGCUGCUGCAACAUGUCUUGCUCUUGAAAGGGGUUUCGCGGAUUCAUUUUUUGGCCUAACUUUGGUCUAUGCCGGCCUUGUCAUGUAUGAUGCUCAGGGGGUGAGAAGAGAGGUGGGAAUUCAUGCAAAAACACUAAACAAUUUGCUAUCAAAGACGCAGCAGGUUAACUCAACCGUUUCCCAGGAUAUAGAUAAUGUGAUUGAUUGUCAACAAGGAGACUCAUCCAAACUGAAAAUGGACAGCCUAGGUCCAACUCCUUUUUCAUCAACAAAUGUUCCCCCGCUAUUACUAAACCAAACAAAACAGAUGUUAAUGUCUUCUGUUGAAGAAGGAUCAGAAAGAAGUGGGGAUAUAAACUCAGCUGUCUUAAAGGAAUCAAUAGGCCAUACUGAGGUUGAAGUUAUAGCAGGGUGUAAGGAGUUGAUUAAUAAGAUAGGAAGAGAAUGUCAGGGGCACAAGGAGCACAACCACCGGGAUCACAGACGGCAACAACAUACGGGUCAGUGCAAGAGCAACAGAAUAGGCCAAAGACGGACCUCCUUUCAAAGGAAGAUGAGCGUGGGAUUAAGGUUGAUAAACUUCAGGACAAGGUUGAGGAUCCUGCUGGCAAAGGAGGACCUGUGUUUGGUGCUGGAAAAGAUGAAAACAAGCAAGACUUGGGUGUCACUGGCACUGGCUAGCUAUUUAAUUUAUAUAAAUGUAUUACGUACACGUAGUCUUUUCUUCUAAGCAAGUAUCUAUAUCCUUAAUAAAAUAAGCUGAACUUUCAUUUUCAUUCUAUAAAGAAAAGAACUCGUGAUUUCCAUUGAACUCUUUUAUAUUCUUACACUAAAAGA